AUGUUCGACGGCUGGACCCUGAAGAACGAGCAUUAUGUAUCCAUGUUUGCUCUUUACAUGCGACUUGGCGUUCUUCAACAAGUGUUGCCGUCUGUGUCCCCGUUGGUGGUGUCGGAUGAAGCGUUUCUAGAAGAAUUCUCGGACACUGUUGUCAUGCACGGUGCUCAACAACAUUCGGAGUACAUGAAAACUAUCCUGGGCUUUUCGAUCGUGGAACUGCAGACAUCCAUUUCUGGUACCUACAACUGUUCCGUCAAUCGCAAGCUCGCCCGCGAUGUGUUUGUUCCUCUUGUGUGUUGUGCCAGUCGACGCCUUAACUUUGCUGUCGAAGCUCAUACAAUGAUCCAUUACCACCAUGCUCUACAGAAGGUUCAAGACGUGGUGGUGGCAUUGACAUUGCUCAACAGUGCUGUUAUGCUUCGUCGACUCAGGGCCGCCAUUACACUGUUGAUUGCUCUCGAAGACUCGCGAAACGUGGACAAAGUAACCGAACUGCUUCAGUGGCAAGAUGUGUCAAUGAAGAAUUCAAGAGAGUACUUCGACCAGGUGGUGGAAGAUUUCCUGCAAUGUGCCGCUACAGGGAAGUACGGUAUCUAA